UCGAACAGGUUUAGUCCAUAUCUAGCGUCAAUGUGCUGCCUGGUAGCGUCCCACAGUUCUGCGUAUAAGCCUGUUUUUGUGUAUCCCUGGGCCGUGGAGGGCCGGGCCAUUUUCUUCAGGUCGCGAUUGAGGUCGUUGGCGUAUCGUAACCGUUCCUCUACGUUGCCAUUGUGCUCAACAGUUUCUCUCUUAGCAAUCCAGCCCUCUAGUGUCUCGAACGGGUGCGAGUACAAGGUCUCCACCGCGUCCGGCGGGGUUUCUCUAGUCGCCACUGCCUGUGCCGCCUCAUCGGCUUUCUGAUUUCCUACGCACGUAUCUGCUUGGUGUGAACGGACGUGAUAGAAGUAUGUCUUCAGACCUGCCAACCCACGUUGGGCCAGUAUGUCAGUGAUGGCCCCGAACAUUUCGCGAUGUUUGCUGACGUGUAGCGACUCGGGCUCCAGAAUGGCACGGCGAAGGAUAAGCAGGCUGACAAGGCUGUCGGUGUAAAUCCGCAGGUGGGGCAAGUCAAGGUUGAGGCUAAGUGCCAUGCGUAUAGCCGACGACUCGCAUCUGAGAAUAGUGCUAAGGGGAGUGUCAAAAGCGAUAUCUUCAUCUAUAUGCGUCGUGCGGUUUUCAGUUUCGUCCCAGAUCGCUGCUCCCAGGCCUGUGUAGUCGCUCGAGUGUGGGACCUUGCUCCCGUCGGUGAAGACGGCGGAGCCACACGAGAUGGAGUCCGCGCCGGUGGGCGGGGAGCUCCAGCGGCUGACCUAGGCCGGAGGCCAUGGCGGCCCACGUGUGUGCCGGUCGGAUAUGUCCCAGGGCGUGGACCAGUGGGUGCUGGAGCCAGGCCGUGUAACCACUGGUUUCGCCAUACGGCACGACCACGACUGACAAAUGUGGAGCUUGCGCUGCCGCUGCCUCAGCGCUGGCGACCGCCCAGGCCAUUGCCAGGAGUUGGUGUCAAUGGUGCAGCACCGGAGAGUGGCACGUUUUCGUGCGGCCAUGCUGGGUGCUGGGUCCCGCCACCGGCCCUGGCGCUGCUUGCUGGUCUGGCGCUUGGCUGCGCGGUCGCGCGGUUCCCUCUCUGCGCGGCUGCCGGUGGGAGGCCCCUCGCCGGCGCUGCGUGGACUUCCAAAGACGGCCGCGCCGGGGCUCCGGAGGGCCUCGGAGGUGUCGACUGCUGCCAGCGCUCCAGUAGAGAGGUCGGCCAGGUUCAAGCCAAGGUCUAUUGUCAGGGGGCUGAUCCAGUCAGCUCGCAGCGGGAGGUCGCUCCCCGCCUGCGCCGCUUGGAGGUGGAGGAGGCGGCGCGUAAUUACGCCUAGCCUGCCGUUAUCGUUCAGCGAAAUCAUGAGCAGUCUGGAGGCGCGUUGUACAUACUCUUCGCGGAGCGAGCCUAUUCCUAGGCCCCCCAUCUCGGCAGGCAGAAGGAUGGCGCGGGUGGCGCAGUCGCGUGGUAGGCCGACGCACCGACGGGUGAUACCCGCGAUUUGGGCGUCCAGUGCCCGGAUAUCGUGUUGCGUGUAUGCCAUGGCUGGGAGGGAGUAAGCCACUUUUGCUUUGAGGCAUUGUUUGAUGAGCAUGUAGCACUGGCGAGGGAGUUUUUUGUACUUGCUCAGCUCUUCGCCGGACGGCACCCGGUGCAGUACCGUACCGGUAUCUUGUAGAUGGCUUUAGGCCCCCGGCGUCUACACAGCGUAGAUGACCCCGCCCGCGCCAUCUGCGCCCAGAACAUUUUCCCUAGGGGCACGCCCCCCAAACCCCCAGAACAUCUACGCUUCCUGCUGUCUAAGAUACUGCCAAAUC